AUGUGUAUAGGUGCAACGGCAGCAAGAGCCUUCAAAUCCGUGCUUCAAGGGGUCCUCCUUUCUAAUGAUGGGGAAAAGUUGAACUCAAUGAAUUUGAUGCUGUAUAUGGCCCCGAUUGCAGUAAUCGUUUUGCUACCUGCCGGUAUUAGGAAAUGCAAAAGGAGUAGUGGCUGUUGUUAUAUCGAUACUCAUUUUCCAAAACCUGGUUCAUUUAUCAGUAUUGCCGGGUAUACAAUGACUGUCAUGGGAGUGGUUGCAUAUGGAGAAUCUAAGAGGAGAUACAAAUGA